CCCGUCGCACCCGACAUGGCGCCGCCCAUGGCGCGGUGCCCCCGCCUUCCGCCGCCGAACCGCACCAGGCAGCCGGGCCGGGGCGGCGCGGGGCCAUGGGCGCCGCGGGAGGCGGCGGCGGGCAGCCGGGCAGCGCGACGGGGUAGGGCGGGCGAGCGGGGCGCGGGGCGGCGCAGCGGAGCUCGCAGGACCAUGGCGACAGAGGCGGCGGCUGCCCCCGGGCGGGCGCGGCGAGGGGCGCCCAUGUACUCGCAGAAAGAACUCACAUCAAAGAAGAGAGAUGAGUUUGAGGAUAUUUUGGAGGAAAGACGGUUGUCCAGUGACUUGAGAUACGCCAUGAAAUGUUACACCCCGGUGAUCUACAAGGGACUUUCACCUUGCAAGCCGAACGCUAUCAAAAGUGCUGUUCUUCAGUCAGAGCAAGUUCAGUAUGUUAUCAAGCAGUUAGCAAAAGAAAUGGGAGAAUCACCUGAUAUUAUUCAAGAAGAAGCCACAGAAAUCCUGGAUGAGAUGGGCCACCGUAUGCAACUAGGAGCUGUCAGAUUUUUUGCCUUCACUCUGAGCAAAAUAUUUAAACAGCUUUUCCAGAGAGUUUGUGUGAAUGAAGAAGGAAUGCAGAGAUUGCAACACGCUAUUCAGGAGCAUCCCGUGGUGCUGCUACCCAGCCACCGAAGCUACGUAGACUUUUUGAUGCUGUCUUAUUUGCUAUACACGUAUGAUUUGGCCUUGCCUGUCAUUGCAGCAGGAAUAGAUUUCCUAGGAAUGAAAAUAGUCGGUGAGCUGCUACGAAGGGCAGGUGCCUUUUUUAUGCGACGUUCCUUCGGUGGGAACAGACUCUACUGGGCAGUGUUUGCUGAAUAUGUAAAAACGAUGUUAAGGAGUGGCUAUGCCCCGAUUGAAUUUUUCCUUGAGGGGACUAGAAGCCGCACUGCCAAGACUCUGACUCCAAAAUUUGGUCUUCUCAGCAUUGUGAUGGAACCCUUUUUCAAACGUGAAGUCUUUGACACCUAUCUUGUUCCCAUCAGCAUCAGCUAUGAGAGGAUAUUAGAAGAAUCUCUCUAUGCAUAUGAACUCCUAGGAGUCCCAAAGCCCAAAGAAUCUACAUCUGGGUUGUUAAAAGCCAGGAGAAUUCUCAGUGACAAUUUUGGUACCAUACAUAUCUACGUUGGCCAGCCAGUAUCCCUCAGAACCUUGGCAUCUGGCAGGAUCAAUCGGUGCCCAUACAAUUUGGUUCCCAGGCAUCUCCCCCAAAAGCCAUCUGAGGAUAUCCAAGAAUUUGUCAGUGAUGUAGCUUAUAAAAUGGAGCUCCUGCAAAUAGAAAACAUGGUUUUGAGCCCAUGGGUGCUAGUUGCUGCUGUCCUGCUGCAGAAUUUGCCAGCUAUGGAAUUUGAGCUUCUAAUAGAAAAGACUCUGUGGCUUAAAGGCUUAACACAGACUUUUGGAGGAUUCAUUGAAUGGCCUGAUAACCUGUGUGCCAAAAAAGCAGUCCUGUCUGGCCUCACCCUGCAUUCCAACAUCGCUAGCCUUGUCGAUGGCCACGUGGUCCUGAAUGACAAGGGAAUGGAAGAUGGAGCCGUAGGGGAAAUGGUCUUCAGGCACGCGCUGGCUGUGCUCAUGUGUGCCACGUACAGGAACCAGCUGCUGAACGUCUUCGUGCGCCCGGCCCUGGUGGCAAUCGCCUUGCAGAUGGCACCCAGCUUCAGAAAAGAGGAAGUCUAUAGCUGCUUCAACUUCUUGAGAGAUGUUUUUUCUGAUGAGUUCAUCUUCUUUCCUGGCAUUUCAUUGAAGGAUUUUGAGGAAGGAUGUUUUCUACUCACAAAAUGUGAUGCCAUUCAAACGAGUCAACAGGAGAUUUACCCUACUGACAAAGGAAGUGGUACAGUGUCUUUCUUGUCAGCUAUGUUCAGACCUUUUGUGGAAGGUUACCAGUUAAUUUUCAGAUACCUCUCAAAGGAAAUGAAAGAAGCAUUUACCGAGAAGCAGUUUAUACCCGGAGUCCGCAACUUUGUUUUUCAACUUCUUGAGAAGGGGAGUACACAAUGUUAUGAAGCACUGUCUUCUGACAUGCAGAAAAAUGCCUUAUCAGCUCUUGUGCAACUGGGUGCAGUGAAGAAGAAGAAAAUGCCCAGUGGAUUCACUUACAAUGUAAAUCAAGAGGCUGUUAGUAAAAUCCUGGACAUGUUUGAUGACUCGGCAGAUGCAAUUCCAGAGCAUAACGAAUUCCUUUUUCCGGAAUAUGAAAUUUUGAUAGAACCUGAGGAACCAGAAUUUCCGGCUGACAGCACUGAUGAUGAACAAGGAGCUGAAGAUACAUCAAAGGGAGCAAAAGAACAAGAGGAACUUGGAGCUGCAGGCACUGCAGAUGAAGCAUUUCAGUCAUUAGAUGAAGAGACAUUGGAAGCAAUGGCAAAACAUGAGACUGAAGAAGAAAAGAUCUUCCAAAUGUUUAAAAAACAAGUAGCUGCUGAGCCAGAGCAGAUUAUUAGAUACUGCAGAGGAGGAGAAGAAGGUCCACUCUGGGUGUCAGGUGAAAAUAGGCCUGAAGAAAAAGAUAUCCCAAAUUGUGUAUGUGGUGCCAAAAGGAUAUUUGAAUUCCAGAUUAUGCCACAGCUCCUGAAUCACCUUCAGGUUGACAGCCUUGGAGAGAGCAUUGACUGGGGAACGCUGGUGGUGUACACUUGUGCGGACAGCUGCGGCGGGGGAAGUGAAUACCUGGAAGAGUUCAUCUGGAAACAAGACUAUUCCAUGGGCUGCACUUUAUGAAGUUGAGUCAUCCAAAUAGAAAACUUGACUUGUUUCACUGCAUCUCUGCACUAUGCAAAGAGGUAGUUGAACCAAAGUCACUGAUAACAGUGCAUCCUGUAACAGUGAUAAAACUGCCAUAACUAGACCUUGACAGCCUCUCUUGUGCUCCAGAGGAGCUUUUACUUCAAUCUGGUAAUGAAGCCAGAUGCAUUUGUUCAGAAAGCUUAAUUUCAAAUGUCAUUUCUGGAACUUUAUUUAAUAAAGAUGAAAAACUUU